AUGAGGGUCUUCUGGUUGUGCAUUCCAGCUGGCCUGUUGUGUCAGGGAAGACAGGUACUGCCGAGUCCGAUCCAGAGGGCUUCUGUCCAACAAGUCACUUCGAAUACCGCGCAAGGACUGGCUGCCUGCACCCAAACAUGUCUGGAACAAUACCCUGGCCCACUCGUCUGUACGCACAAAGCUCUGUUCGACUCCGACAUCACCAAAUGCGUGCAGACGACCUGCCCUCUUCUGACAGACCUGCUCACAUGGGAGAACCGCUAUGCUGAAGAGUGCGGACUGGAAGCUAGAGAUGAUGGCGCUAGAGAGCUUGUCAUCGCAUAUGUCUUCUUUGGGAUCUCGACUCUAUCUGCAGCAGCUCGCCUGCUUUCGCGCUCUCGCUGGCUCGAGGGCCCUGGAUUCUGGUGGGACGAUUGGAUCAUGCUGGCCAUGUGGUUCAUUACCAUCGAGAUGGCAGUCUGUCCAUUUUUCUCUCGCACAUAUUGGAGCGGACGGGAUGUCAUUGGCUUCGUCACUGUCCACGACAUUGAGCGAGUACUUAUGUGGACCUAUGUCAGCGAGCCGUUCUAUCUAAUCGGCACAUUCGGCACGAAGCUGGUGUGGGUGUUCCUGUACCUUCGGAUGUGGGAGGCUAAUACUAUGUUUCGAAAGCUUUGCUGGGUUACCGUGGGCCUUUUGGCCGUAGUCAUGGUAGGGUACCCCAUCGGCGCAAUCGUUACUCUCUGGCCGCAUCGCUACUAUAUCGGCGAAUCAGCCAUCGUCCGACAGAACUUCUGGGGAAUCGAUCUCAUCCCUGCGGUAAUAGCGAUCGGCGUACAGAUUGUCCUUUUCGACUUCUGGACACUUUUACUUCCCAUACCCAAGCUCAUCAGACUGACUGGCGUUUCAAAGCAACGACGCACAGCAAUCUGUGCAGUCAUUCUGCUCGGCUUCGUGGUCACGGGUUGCAGUAUCGUUCGCCUCACCGUCAUCCUGCCUCUACAGGAUUCACGAAACCCGAACUGGGACUUUGGGCACUUCGGCACCUGGAGCGAAAUCGAGCUGCAUCUGUCCAUGAUCAGCUGUAACCUUCCGGCGAUAGCAGGUCUUGUGCAUCGUAUGAUGUUACGACGCCGACGAAUGACGAGUAUUGGAUUCGAAGACGAGCUCGAGGACUCCGAUGGGCGGUCGAAGUCGAGAACACUCACUACUAAGACGGGCCAAUCGAUUGACAUUGAAGAGGGAAGCACUUUCGAGGCCGAACUGGUGGAAGACGAGAGUGGCAAGAUCGUGAUGCGGAAGAAGAAGCGCGAACAACCGGGAUGA